AUGAGUAAAAAAGGAUGCUGGAUUAAAACUACUUUAAAAGGAUUUAAAUUGUUGAGACUUGCAAGUCAAACUGAUAAUGUUGGAGUAGUGAAUUAUAUCAUUGAACAUUAUCCAGAACGAUUGAACUACCAGGACGUUUAUGGGAAGUCAUGUCUUUUUUAUGCUGUAGAACAAGAACAAUGGAACACUGUGAAAUAUUUAAUUAGUAAGAAUAUUAAUUAUUACAUGGCAGAUAAAAAUGGAAAUUCAUUAUUACAUAUUCUUGCAAAGAUUAAAGUCAAAAAGGAAUAUGAAGUUAUAUACUUUGAAUUGGCACAAAAACUUAUUUCUCAUAGAAGGAUAGUAAGAGGUAAAAAUUUACUUGGUGAAACACCAUUACAUAUUGCUUGUCUUAAUAGCCACAAGAAAUUGAUUCAAUUACUUAUUGAUAACAAAUCAUUAAUACACUGUAAGACUGAAAAAGGAUUAACUCCUUGGGAUUAUUGUCAAUUUAGUGAUAAGAUUUGUAUUGAUCUUUCUACAAUAAAAGAUCCAGAUGAAGGCACACCAAAUAGUAUUUCUCCUUUUUCUAAUGAGGUAUUUAGUGAUAGUGAACAAAGUGGAGGAAAUAAAUUAGGUAAGAGUCAAGAGAUUUUAUCACCUCGUCAUAUUCCAAUAAAGAAAGACUAUGAAAAACCUCUUGAAACAAAGGGCACUAAAGAAAUAACGGAGAUAAAGCCAAGUAAAAGUCAGUCAAUUUUCCAUCUUAAAAGUAAAAGUGAUAUUCCUAAAGAAAUAGAAACAAGUACAACAUUUGAUGUAAAAGAAGAUCAUAAAAGUAAAAACUCAUCACCACUUGAAGAAGAGAUAAAAGAGAAAAAUGAAAAUCAAGAAAAGAAGGAAAAAGAUAGUACAAGUAAAACAGAUUAUAGAAAAUAUAAGAAAUAUAAUAUUGAUGAAGAAAAAUACAAAAAGUUUGAAGCAUUAGCAACUAAAUUUGCAGGUUAUUUAAAUCCACCAAAACCAUUACCACCUAAAGCACCUUAUCAAAAAGGAGAUAAAUUUAGAAUAUUGUCAUUAGAUGGUGGUGGAAUUAAAUGUAUUUAUCAAUGUGCAAUAUUGCAACGAAUUUUAGAUAAGUUUCCAAACUUUUUUGAGAAAAUAGAUGUUAUUACAGGUGUAAGUGCAAGUUCUGUUCCAUGUGUUGCAAUUGCAUUGGGUUAUGACUUAUUGUCAGUUGAAAAGAUGAUGGAAGAUAUGCUUUGUGAAACAUUUUCUAGAAUUAUUAAUAAAGGAGGAAUUGUUGGGCAUCAAUAUUCAAACAAAUUUCUUUUUGUUAUGGGGGAUAAAGUGUUUGGAGAUUUAACAAUGAAUAAACUCACAAGAAAAGUAUGUAUUCCAUCUUAUCUUACUGAUACUGGAAAAGAUGAUCCACACAGAACAAGUUUAGCAAAAUUUUAUAAUAAUUUCCUUGGAGAAGAAGUUCCAUAUUCAUUGACAGAAGUAUGUAUUCAAUCUGCAGCUGCUCCAGGAUAUUUUGGGAGUGUAAAUGCUCAUUUAGAUGGGGGAGUUAUUAUUAAUGAACCAUGUGGUGGAGUAUUAUCAUAUGUUAUAGGUGAGUAUGGAUUAAAUGUUGAUAUUAAAGAUAUAUCAAUUCUUUCAAUUGGAGCAGGAUAUCCAGCAAUUCCAUAUAUUCCAGAAGAAGAGGUAAGAGAAGCUGGACCUGUUAAAUGGACUCUUCAUAUGCCUGAUUUACAAAUUGAAUCAAGAAAAUCAUUUAUUGAGUUUGAAGGAAAAUAUUUAUUAGGAGAGAGGUUCUUCAGAUUAAAUCCUAAAUUACCAUACCAAAUUGACCUUGACUAUUGCAAAGAUGUUGAACUAAUUAAAAGUAUGGGCGAUAAUCUUGAUUUGACUGAUACAUUUAAAUGGAUAGAACAAAACUGGUAA